UAUGUUUUUUUAUGCAGAUAUAAUGACUAGGAACUAAUAUUUCAUGUGGACGGCAAAGACACGGCGGGCAGUUUAAACUACCGGAUGUGACGUUUAGGACAAAGAAAAAAACAAAAACGUCCGUUUUUUGGGUUGGCAUGGAUUUCGGAUAAUAAACAGCACUUUAAGCGUCCUGCCUGGUAAUUGCUUGUAUAGUAAACACUUGUUUCAAGUUUAAGUUGUCCUACGGAACCUUUAUGCCGGCGAACAAAGUGAAGCGUGCAAACAUUAGCCGUCGCCGCUAGCUGAACCGCAACCUGCUGUUUGCUUUUUUGGGGGAAAUGUCCGCCAGUGAAGUGCUCGAAAAUGAAGAGAAAAGUGUCCAGAUUAAGACCGAGUCCCAACGAAGAGGCUCGGAUGAUACGAGAGGAGCAGGAAAGGAGGAGAAAACUGCGGAUACAGCAGGUGCGGGAGCAGCACCGGUACAUUGCACAGCAGAUCCGCCAAGAUGUUGAGCAGAGGCGACAGUAUGAGCUGCAACAACUUGAGCGGGAGCUGAGGAAGGAGUGGGAGCAACAGCAGAGGGAAAAGCUCCAGAGGCUGCAGAGGUUAUACCAGGAGAGUCUCCAGCUGCUCGGCCAGGGGCACAGGAAUGCAAAAGAAAACGAACCCGACUUGGCAGCCAUAGCUCAGAGGGAGGAGGAGAAUCACGUCAAAGCAGAGGAGCGUUAUCGAGAAGCGCUGAAGGAGCUCAAAUCACAGAGGCUUAAAGACCAUGAGAGGCAAAACCAAGUUGUCAAUGCCAGGAAGAAGGCAUUACUGGCAGAAAAGGAAAGAUCAGCAAAGGUGGCUAGCCUUCCACUGCCUCUCCCAAACCCUGUUCAGCAGAACAUCAGUCCCAAAAAGCCACGUUUCGUAAGGAGAUCGGAUGUGAGUGCUUUCGCUACCACACAUUACCACAUGGCCAAGAGUACAGUGGACAGAGAGGUGGACAUAAACCAGCCAAAUGCCCGCGAGGAAGCUGAGCUACAUGCGAAAAGACAGCAGGACUUGGAGACAGAGGAAAUGAGGAGGAGAGAAGAGCAGCUGGAGAAGGCUCGUCUCAGAGGGAGGCAGGCUCUGAGGAAGGAACAGCUCAUGCAGGAUCGUGAGCGUUUGUUGGUUGAACUGGAACACAUGCAGCAGACAGAUCUGCUCAGGAGGAGGCAGCAGGUGUCGCAGAUGCCUCCUCAGAUCUUCCAGCCUCUCUAUAAGAGACAGGAAAUGAGGGAAGACUUCCAGAGGGAGAUGGAGUUCGCCUUUGAGGACAUGUACACUGGAGAGAGGAGGGUUAAAGGUGACCUGGUGGUCCAGCUGGCACCUGAGCCUCUUCCAGCCCAUUCCACAACCAGCCAAGAUCAAGAGCUGGAUGUCACAGUGGAUGAAAUCACAACACCUGAAACAGAAAAUGCACAACAUGACACAGAGCAGGAACCUGGAAGCACUGAGCAGGAAACAUCAGCUGAAGUGGUUUCCCAGAAACCUGCUCCUCGACGGGCAUUGAAGAGGCUCCUGGAUCGUAUCAGGAGCCAAAGGAACCAGUGGAUUGACCACAGCAGUCGCAGCUCUGCUGCUGAUUCCCCAACGAUCAUCCGAGAUCAGAUCCCAGAGCGCGACAUGACGAUCGAAACAGGCUCUCUAAUCAGCGGAGGAAAAGACGAAUGGACCCCCACCGAGCCCCAGGAGGCUGACCGGUCUCCACCAGCAUCAGAGAAAACGCCGCUGCCAUCAUCAGCUUCAGAUACUCAGUUUCCUGCUGCUCUGGCCAAUAGAAUCCAAGAGUUUGAAGAAGAGCGAAAGAAACGGGAAGCGGAGCUUGAAAGGGAGAAGCAGCAGCAGAUGUUUUUGCUGCAGGAGCUGGAAGAGCAGAAGGCCAAGCUGGAGCAGAUGCUGCUUGAAGCUCAGCAGGAGAAAGAACGACUGAAGGCUGCCGUGACCCAGGAAGAAACCAUUAACCAACCAGAAGUGCCAGUCCAUGACCACGAUGUCAUCUCUAUCACCCCUAAUUUAGCCAAUGAGGUAGUUCCUCCUGCAGAUAAGGACGACCAAAGCAAAAGGAUCAGAGAAUACCAGCAGCGGUUGUUAGAGCAAAACAGAAUCCACCAAAGAGUGAAAGUGGCUCGCCAGCGCCUGGAGGAAUACCAACAAGCUCUACAGAUUCGUUACAACAUGACUGCCACUUCAUUACUACCUCCUGUUGUGCCUCCAGGCCUUGCUCAUCCACCUCCAAACAGUACACAGUGUGUUCGUCAUCCAGGUCGUCUGCAAGCUGCGCCGGCUCCUCUCCACGCUCCUCUCCACGCUCCCUGGGCCCCUUUGCAGGCUCCUCUCCAUCCCCUUCUGCAGACUCCCCAUGCUCCUCUUGUGGCUCCUCUCCAUCCUCCUCUUCAUGCUCCUCUCCACCCCUCUCUGCAGACUCCCCGUGCUCCUCCCCGUGCUCCUCCCCGUGCUCCUCCCCAUGCUCCUCCCCAUGCUCCUCCCCAGGCUCCCCCCCAGGCUCCUCUCCAGGCUCCUCUCCAGGCUCCUCCCCAGGCUCCUCUCCAGGCUCAUGCAUCUGGCUUCCAAACCGCUGCCAGAUGA